UUUUAAUUAAGGAUUAUGAUCAUGAAGAUUUUGUAGCUUGUUGGGAAGUGGAUAUAGUAGUGAGAACCAUUAAUACUGCUGAAAGCUGUCGAAAAAAGUAUAAAAUUAAUGGCUCCAAAUAAAAUAUUUGUCAAGUUUAAAAUAUUGUAGAAGAGUUCAGUUACAAGUUGAAUGUAAUGCUGCUCGUGAGUGUAACCUACUACCUCCUUUUUUGGUUGUUUUGGCAACUUGGCAUUUAAUUAGUCAAGUUGAUGGUUUUUCUAGUGUUAAUCUCUCAGCUUCCUUGAAAGUUUGUUCCCGGAAAUGAAGAAUCUUUGAAUCAAACCAAUAUACUGUGGGACCAUUAUUCCCAGCACUAUAUUGUUAAGUUUGCUCUGCUUGAUGUUGGAGACAAUCGAAACUCACUGUCUUAUUGAAACAGGAUUCUUGAGGGGUGGUUUAUUUAUUGUAUAUAAUACACAUAAGCAUUUCGAAGGUAUAGCAAGGCUCCAGACAUGGGGUGCCUGGUGUCGACUCCAAAGGACUCCGGUGGAAACAGAAGGAAACCAGGGAGUAUUGGAGAAGUUUCGGUCUAUGUCCCCGGUCUACGAAUUCCUAAACCUGUUGAUUUUGCUCAGUCACUUGGAGAUCACUUGUCAAAGAAAAUAGUAGAGCGCCUUUCGGCUCUUAGAACACGUAUAGUUGUAAUGGCUGGCCAAGAAGGCCCUACAAUUACAAGAACAAAAAGAAAAAGUGCUACUCAACAUGGUGGGUCGACACUGCUUGAUCUUCUGCAGGCUCUAGAAGAUUAUUUGCCAGUUCUUUUGGGGUUAGUCAACGAUGGAAGCCAUUUACAAUAUAAAGUACAAUUUGUUUGGGUGAAUCAAGAGGAUGAUGCUGAGGAAACAGCCAUGUCUAAUGGUUGGUAUGAAGUGUUGUCAGUUUUACAUUUGAUGGCAAUGCUAUUACUAUCACAGGCUAAUUUUUUACUGCUUCCAAGAUCAUCCACUGAUGGUUAUCAGCUUAAGGUAUCUGAAGAAAGCAGACGAGCUUCUGUUGAUAUCUUCUUAAAGGCUGCUGGAUAUCUGGAUUGUGCUGUCAAACAUGUUCUUCCCCAGUUGCCGGCCGAACUCAGGAGGAAUUUACCAGUGGACUUAGCAGAAGGAACGCUUCGAGCACUCUCUCUACAGGCAUUAGGCCAGGGAGUGGAUAUCCAACUUGGAAUGGCAAUUGAUAGUACGAAGGCCACUCUAGCUGUGAAGCGUAGACUUGCAUGCGAAAUGGUGAAAUGUUGGCAGCAGGCUCAAGAUAACAUUAUGAACCUUGCAUUGGCAAAUGAUUGGGGCGAAAAGCAUAUUCUCUUUGUGAAAUGGAAAUAUGUAGAAGCAAAGGCUGCAGCAUAUUAUUAUCACGGUUUGAUUCUUGAUGAGGGAAAUACAGAGAAAUCUCAUGGGAUGGCGGUAGCUGCUUUGCAAGCUGCAGAUGAAUAUUUCAAGGAAAGUAAGAAGCUGAAUGAGGCAUUCAAUGCAGCACCUCCAUUGUCAAGAAAUCCACCACUUUGGGGGACCAUGAAAUAUCUGUCUGAGAAAAUCCCUAAGGAUACUUCGAGCAAGGUGCGAAUCAACCGUGAUCUGUACUCUCAUGAAAGGAUCAUGGAGACAGCACCAACAUUGCCGGAUUUCGCAUUGGCCUUGAAACCAGAUGAAUAUCAACUUCCUGCACUUGACCCCUCUUGGAAAACUGAGAACAUAAAAAUUGGAACAAACUGAUGCCAACCAUUUCAAGGGUGUCAUAAACAUCAAAACAAAACCUUGAAAGAAGCCAAUCAAGUUCAAGCUCAGAAACUGAAAAGGGUGUUGUUUUCUUCAGUUCUUGUUAAUACAAAAAGAAAAUGGUUUUUAAUUGAACCUUGUUUUGGUUUACCCUUUUGGGCCUUUUUUUAUCUCCCUUUAUAAAUUGAUUUCCUCCAUCUACACCAUCAGAAGAGAUGCCAUGCAAGUAGAGCUUCCAAUGGAGUUCAAUGUAAAAUUUCCCCACUGCUUGUGAAGAAAGAAUAGUUUCCCAAUACCAAAAUAAUAAGAUUGCUAUUUCCAUUUCAUAGUAAAGCAAGUCACAUCAUUUUCCAUGUGUGUAAAAUUGACUUGUGCAAUUGAAUAUAAAAUGAUAA